AGCAGAACAGGCAGCACAAGAACUAUUUGAAAUAGAACCUGAGAAUCCAGCUACCUACGUCAGUAUGGCUAAUAUUUAUGCCAGUGCUGGAAUGUGGGAUGAAGUAGCAAAAACCAGGAAGACCAUGCAUGAGAGAGGAGUGGUAAAGAAGCCAGGAUUUAGCUGGAUUGAGAUCAAGAGAAAGGUGCAUGUGUUCUUAGUGGGAGAUACUUCCCACCCGAGGUCUAAGGAAAUACAUGAGUUCCUGGGAGAACUCUCAAAGAGAAUGAAGGAAGAAGGAUAUGUUCCUGACACCAAUUUUGUGCUACAUGACGUUGAGGAGGAGCAGAAGGAACAAAACCUCUCCUAUCACAGUGAGAAGCUUGCAGUUGCUCUUGGAAUCAUCGCUACUUCUCCAGAAACUCCAAUCAAGGUCUUUAAGAAUUUAAGAACUUGUGUAGAUUGCCACACUGCCAUUAAAUUUAUCUCGAAGAUUGCCAAGAGAAAAAUUAUUGUGAGGGAUUCAAAUCGGUUUCAUUGCUUUGAGGAUGGAAAGUGUUCUUGUGGAGACUAUUGGUGAUUCAUACCACCUACUAGUCCUUCGGCUAUUUAUGACAUGACCAUACAAAGAUAAAAUGCACCCAGCCACGGAACCUGUGUCAUCUUUGUCAACAUUCAGGAAACUUCACAUAAAUCAAUUUGAGCGAAGAAAGAGGUGUUUAACAUCUUUUUAACUCUGAAUCAGGAUUUCCACGCAUUCCAGCAGAGACGAGGGUCUCUGUGGUGCCUAGUGUUGUCUGC